CCUCUUUGUAAAGGAAGCACAAACUGCAACAAACCAACGAGGAGUGGAUAUAUUCUACUUCUACUGGUGUAGAAUUGUCAACUGGAUUCAUUCCCAAGACGAACAAUGUUUAGCAUAAGUUCUAUUUUGAGUAUCUGGUAUAGACUUCUGUCAAGAAUGGGAAUGCAGAAGCUCCAUCAGCGUUGUUUUCUUUUGGGAGCAGUAUUUGUCACAUUGUUUUUCGUAUUUUGCUGGGAUGAGGUGAGAGUUGGGACUUACCUGCACAUGGCUUCAUCAAAAGAUCUCACACAUCUCGAACUGCGUCAAGCACAUCGUAAACAUCUAAUAAGAGAGCUUUGCUCGGCCAAUAGCAGCCUGCAUUUCAGAGAGAAAUCAAUCACAUUUGACCAGAUCCCUGACAAUUCUCUGGACCAUCUCAUUGUGGACGAUCAUCACCGUGUUAUUUACUGUUAUGUGCCAAAGGUAGCUUGUACCAACUGGAAACGAGUCAUGUUUGCCCUCAGCCAGAACCUGAAGGCACCUGAUGGAGCUCCAUAUCUGGAUCCUCUUGACGUACCAUUAGAGUUAAUCCAUAAUUCUACAGUGCAUAAGACAUUCAACAAGUUGUGGAUGCGCCAUGGCCGAUUAGCUCGUCCUCUGAUGCAUCACAAGCUGAAGAACUACACUAAGUUCCUCUUUGUACGGGAUCCUUUUGUGCGCCUUAUUUCUGCUUAUCGAGACAAGUUUGUUGAGCUUAAUGAGUAUUACUACUCCGAUUUUGGCUCUAAAAUGCUUCAGCGUUAUGCUAAUAUUUCUCAGCCCCCUACUUCUGCUCAAGAGGCCUUCAGUGCAGGUAUCAGACCAUCCUUUACUCACUUUAUUAAGUAUCUGUUAGAUCCACGAACACAGAAGCAGCUAUUCGAUGAGCAUUGGCAGCAGAUUCACAGACUUUGCCAUCCAUGCCAAAUUGACUAUGAUUUUAUUGGGAAGCUAGAAACUCUUGAUGAGGACACAGAACAUUUGCUGAAGAUUCUUGGGCUGGAUAAACAUAUUCACUUUCCUCCAGGAUAUGAGAACAGGACUGCAGUAGACUGGGAGCGAGAAUGGUUUGCAAACAUUUCCUUAGCAGACAGAAGAAAGCUGUACAGUCUUUAUGAAACCGACUUUAAGUUAUUUGAAUAUGAUAAACCUGAGACACUUCUGAAUGAGUGACAAGUUAUUACUUGCUUAAAGAGAGAAUCACCAGUUGCUCUUUCUGUAUUUCCCUCAAGACCACAUGUGAUUUAAAAACAAGAAUGAAAAACAAUUUGAAAGAAUCUCAUAAAUGAUUUGAUCUUUUUACUUUCCUUAAAGCUGUGCAUUUACCAAAGCAUUGUCAACUGGUUUUAUUUUUGGGUG